AUGCCUGUGUCUGUGAAGAGUAUACAAGAUGAGCUGAUUAUCUUCGGGGUGGAUUUUGAGGAUCCUGAAGUCCCAGAUAAAUUGGUAGAACUGUGCUCUGUUCAUCGACUCUGUGAGGAGGAGAUUGUCACGGAAUGGAUGGCUUUCAGUGCAACGCGGCAGUUGGAACAUUUGACGGUCGUCAAUCUAAAUCUAUUGGAGCAUGAGGUUCUUAAUAAAAGAAGUGCGAAACGUCCAAGUGUGAGGAAAGAUAAACACUGUGGCAAUAGGAAUUUUAACAGCAUUCAAGAACUUAUUGAGGUGGAAACUGAAGAAGAGAACCUAUUGGAUGCUUAUUCCACACCAGCAAAGGGGUCACAGAAACGUAAUUUAUCUACUCCAGAGAAUCCUCAGUCAAAGCGAAUCUCCUCCAUAAAUCGGAGCCCCCAUCUUCUCUUCUCACCAUCCAGCUUUUCACCAAGUGCCACCCCAUCCCAGAAGUACAGCUCCAGAGGAAACCGUGGAGAAGUGGUGACCUCUUAUGGACAGGUACAGGGAACAUCAUGGAAUGGUGGAAGUGGCAGAAACACUUUGGUAAAACUUAUCACACUGCAAGAGGAGUCUCUGAAUAAGCCAUAUAAAUACAUGUUCCAGAAGCUGAAUGACAUCCGGGAUGUUGUAAACAGUAAAAUAGAAGAACUUGGUGAAGCACUGAAGAAUCAUUUCCAGAUUGAAGAAUUUACUUCAGUAUCUUUUCCAGCUCAAGAGACCGUGACUGUGCUUGGACAGAUUGCCUGUGACAGUAAUGGGAAGUUGAACUCCAAGUCGGUCAUUCUGGAAGGUGACAGAGAACACUCAUCGGGGAUGUAUGUGCCAGUGGACUUGUCAGACCUGAAGGAAUAUUCCCUUUUUCCUGGCCAGGUUGUGGUUAUGGAAGGUACCAACAGCACUGGUAGAAAAUUUGUUGCUUCCAAGCUUUAUGAGGGAGUGCCACUCCCCAUUUUAUCAGGCAACAGAGGAUUUGGAAGAGUGUCAACCUCAGAUGAUAAUCGCAGCCUGUGGCCCUUUUCACCACCUCAGAUACGAUUGCUUACGAUGCUCUUAAGGAUCUGGUUGAUGUGAUUAACAGAGACCGACCUGAUGUUUGCAUACUGCUUGGUCCAUUUUUGGAUGCAAAGCACGAGCAGAUUGAGACCUUGCAGCUGACAGGGAUGUUUGAAGAGGUCUUCAAAUCAUGCCUGAAAAUGAUCAUUGAAGGGACUCGUCUGUCUGGAUCUCAUUUGGUCUUUGUCCCAUCUAUCAGAGAUGUCCACCAUGAUCCCAUCUAUCCUCAGCCUCCUUUUAGCUGCUAUGAAACAACUAAAGAAGAUAAGCAAAGAGUUCAUUUUGUGGCAGAUCCCUGCACAAUAUCUGUAAAUGGUGUAGCAAUUGGAUUCACAUCCACCGACCUGCUCUUUCAUAUGGGUGCAGAAGAAAUAAACAGUGGUACAGCUGGUGCUCCAGAUCGGUUCAGUCGCAUUCUCAGACAUAUCCUAAAUCAGAGAAGUUACUACCCAUUAUACCCACCAAAUGAAGAGAUAAAUAUUGAUUUUGAAGCAAUGUAUAGUUUUGCUAUAAUGCCAGUCACUCCAGAUGUCUUUAUUGUACCAUCGGAGCUUCGCUUUUUCAUCAAGGACAUCUCAGGCAGCAUCUGUAUCAAUCCUGGGCGCCUGACGAAAGGACUGGUAGGAGGAACAUAUGCCCGCUUCUUAGUGAAGAGAGAGAACACAGAGAUCAGGAAGUCUCCCUGUAUAUCCGCUCAAGUAGUGAAAAUUUAA